CUUCCUCCACUACUUUACACUAAUCACUCCACUCUACCAUUCUACCUCAACAACAAGUACUCUCUCUCCCCUAGACUCUAGACACAUAUACUAUUGUCCUCGACAAAAUACACCCAUCCUCUCGUCUUCCGAAUCCCGCCCUCUAGACUCCUGGGCCGGCUUGGACCCCGUCACCCAAUAUGAACCCUCACAUAUCCGUUCCGCGCCAACAUGCCAGUCCGGCCAACUUUGGCGGUACCACACCGGCUCAUCGCCGAGCCAAUAUUCGGAUGCCGCGAUUUUUCAAAAGACUGUUCAAAUUUCCCCAGAUGGACUUCGAGAUGGCCAUCUGGGAAAUGACCUCCCUGUUAAUCGCCCCGAAGAAGGUGUUCAAGUCCAUCUACUACCAUGUAAAAACCAAGAACACCUGGCAUCGUCCCGACCCGUCCUUCGCAUAUCUCCUGUCCUUCUUUCUGCUUCUGACAGCCCUUGCAUGGGGUCUCGCCUAUGCCCCCUCCUUCGGAACAAUCGUCCGCUUGUCCUUCCUCUUCAUCUUCGGUCAUUUCAUCGGGUCAUCGCUGUUGGUGUCGGCGAUCGGAUACUUCGUCAUUGGCCGACUGUUCGGCCCGAAUGGCGCGGCCGCCUCGCUCACGGGACUCCGCGGCGUGCGCGGACGGCGACGAGGGGCCGCCCAGGGACUGUUCACCCAACCGGGUGAGAAGGAGCAAUUGGAAUUUGGAUACUGUUUCGACGUCUCGAAUCGCGCCUUUUUCCCCUUGUACCUACACCUGUAUGUGGUCCAAUUUCUCCUCCUGCCGCUCCUCAUGCGGAGUCCGAGCAAUUUCCUCGCCACCUUCCUGGGGAACACGCUGUACCUGUCGGCCCUGAUCUACUACACCUACAUCACCUUCCUGGGGUAUAAUGCGCUCCCGUUCCUGCACAACACGGAGCUCCUCCUCCUCCCCAUUCUGGCGUUCGCGGUCAUGUGGCUCAUCAGUCUGAUCGCCGGGUGGGGCGUGGUCAUGCAAGGGCGGAGCGUGGAGGGUUUGUUUUGGGGGGCGUGAUCCCUCACUACUUUGGAGAGGGCACAUCCUAUGACUUUCAACUUUUUCUUUAUUCCAUUUCCUUUCGUCUUUUUUCUCUUCCAUUAAUGGUGGAUACAUAACGUCCAGCGUUCAAUAUAACCUCUGUGGAUUUUCGUUUUCGAUCGCGGCGCCGGUGAAUCUGGGUGUACAUGGUUUUGUUUAUGACAAGUGGCUUCUCUUCUCUUGGUUUAGGAACUGGUGCAUGGUCGCAUAUUGCAUACAUCUUUUGUCCGUCUUUACAAUGGAAGACUGUAUAUUAACGGAUGUUAUAAUAGCCAACUU